AUGCAGAAUCAAGUUGCUGCCAUCAAGAAACUGGAAACAAAGAUUAAAUUCUUAUUCAAACAAACCCCUGGGCACAACAAUUGCAGCAAUAUUAACUCAAUACCAAGGGAAGAAUGUCAGGCCAUCACCCUCAGGAGUGGGAAGGAACUGAAGGAGACCCACAAGAAACCACCAGAGAAGGAAUUGGAUGAAGAAAACAAGGGACAUGAGAAAUCUCACACCUCAAUCCCCAAGUCACAUCAAGAAAGGGAAGUACCCAAUCCGAGCCUCUCAAAGGUCCCAUACCCACAGCAGUUGCAAUUAAAGAAGAAGGGAGAUGACAACCAAUUUUCAAGAUUCUUGGAGAUCUUCAAGAAAUUACAAAUAAACAUACCCUUUACUGAAGCAAUCGAGCAAAUGCCACUCUAUGCCAAUGCCAUUAUCCAACACAAAUUGCCUCAAAAAUUGAAGGAUCCUGGGAGUUUCCGAAUCCCCUGUAUCAUUGGAGAAAUCACUGUGGAAAAGGUCUUAUGUGAUCUAGGAGCCAGCAUAAAUCUAAUGUCUCUAGCAAUGAUAAAAAAGAUGAAGAUUGAAGAAGCCAAACCAACAAGAAUGGCCCUCCAACUAGCAGACAGGUCAUUCAAAUUUCCCCAUGGGGUAGUAGAAGACUUGUUGGUGAAGGUGAGAGACUUCAUUUUCCCAGCAGAUUUCGUAGUACUAGACAUGGAAGAAGGAGCUAAAACCUCCAUCAUCUUGGGGAGGCCAAUUUUAGCCACUGCCGGAGCCAUUAUUGAUGUCCAAAAGGGUGAACUUGUCCUCAGAUUACACGAGGAGAAAAUGACAUUCAAUAUGUUUAAGGCCAUGAGAUACCCACAUGACUUAUUGGGAGAAUGUAUGAGGCUGGACUCAGUAAAAGCUUUGGUACAAGAAACUCUUGAAGAAGAGCUUGAAACAUCAAUAGAAGAAGAGUUAGCAACAAGUGAAGAAGCUGCAGCCGCUGAAAUACAUGUUCAAAGUGGGCUAGAAGAGAAGGAGGAAAGAAAAGAAGCACCUAAAUUGGAGCUUAAGGCACUACCAACCACUCUUAAGUAUGCAUACUUGGGAGAAAAUAAAAGCUAUCCAGUAAUCAUAAAUUCAGCUCUCAGCUAA